AUGAAAGGCAAUAAACUACUAAUCAAAUACAUUCAUAAAGAAGAAGAAAAAGAACUAAAUGCUGAACAAUUACAAUCCAUAAAAGACUAUAUCCAAAAAAGUGGUAAUAAUACCCUUACUAGGGAAGAUUUGGAGAAAAAAGGCAAAGAUAACAAUUCUACUGAUGAAAAUAAUAAGAGUAAAGGUAAUAAAACUGCUCUUUAUAUUAGUCUAGGAAUAAUUGGAGUAGUUUUAAUUGGUUUAGUAGUGAUUUUAGUAAGAAAAAACAAAAAAGAAGAAUUAAAAAAAAUUAUUAUUGAAAGAAAAGAUGACAAGUUUCACGCUGGACCUAAUUUAAGCAAAGAAGAAGUUGAAAAAAUUAAUGGAGGCAUUUUAAACCUAACUGAAUAUCCUAAUUUAGAAGAAGUGGUAAUUAAUGGAGAAUUUUUAGAGUUUAAAUUGACUAAAUUAAUUUUAGGUAAUCAAGAAAAAUUAGUUAGUUUAACUGUUAUAAACAAUAAAGAGUUAGUUAGUAUUGAUGUAAGCAAAUGUUCAACUUUAAAAGAACUUAACUGCUCUGGUAAUAAAUUAACCAAUUUAACUUUAGGUAAAUCUUUGAGGCUCACUAAACUCGAUGCGAGUAAUAAUUCACUUAGCAAUUCAGAUUUCUUAUCCAAUAAAGGCAACAAGAAGAUACUUGUUGAACUCAACUUGCAAAACAACGAGUUUUCAGAAGAUUUAUAUUGCUGUGGGAGUUUUCCCAAACUAAAAAUUUUAAAAAUAAGUAACAACAAAUUUAAUGGAAA